AUGGGAAUCCUUAGCCGUAAGGUAAGCUGCCCGACGGAACUUGACUGGAACGAGGCCAAAAGGAUCGUCCGGUUCUUGAUUCAUACGAUGGACUACGGUCUGAAGCUUGACGGAAGCACUAGAGAUGUGGAGCAGAAUUUGGAGGGCUACUGUGACGCCGAUUGGGCGGGUGAUACUAUCGACCGCAAGUCAGCCAGUGGUUACCUGUUCCGCUUAGAAGAAGCUACGAUCAGCUGGACGAGCCGUAAGCAGAGUAGCGUGACUACGUCCACCAUGGAUGCAGAAUACGUAGCAUUGUUGGAGGCUACACAGUAUGCAGUUUUCCUCAGAAGGUUGAACUUGAAGCAAACCCGUGCAACCGUAAUUCACCAAGACAACAAAGGAUGUAUGGACUUCGUCGCAUUCGAAGAUCGCAUCAGGAGAAAUCGAGCUGCGGUUCUGUCCGUCCAAGGAUAA